GGAGCAUUUAUCCUUAGCAAGUGUAAUCAAUAUAUUUGAAAAUGGCCACGACUUUUCAGAGUUUUUAAAAAUCUUUUAGACUUUUAUUAAGCUUUUAAAAUAUCUGGAAAAGGAAAAUGGAAGUCACUAACGGCCUUCUGUCAAAUCUAGUACAGACAAAAUCAAUUGAGAGGGUUUUGGCGCCAAUCGCAUCUCAGGUUUCCUUGUUGAUUAUUUUGGAUGAGUCAGAAAAUGGUGUUGGAAAACCAGAUCAUAUGGUUCCCUGUGCUCAGGCAGUUAUGAAAGCAACAGAAAAGCUAAUUAGAAUUGGAAAAGAAAGAGCUAACAACUCACCAGACCAGGAUUACCAGAGACAAAUGACGAGUGCUUGUGAAAUUCUUGAUUUAGCCAGCAGUGGUUUAUACAUAGCUUCACAGAGACUUGAUGUUGAUUCCUCGAGAGAAAUUCGCACCAAGGUCAUCAAUGCUGCCAAAGAUGUUUUGCAAGGCACAAUGAAGGUGUUGUUAGUGUCUGAUGAUGCAGAAGUCAGAAAAGUGGUCAGUGCUGGUCGCUUGGUAACAGAGUGCCUCACCAGACUAAGUGCAGUUCGCAGCAUGUCAGAUUUACUAUCUAAUUUCAAGAGUUUCACAGAUGGGACAACACUACUUUGCACCUUGGCCGAAAAACGUCAAAUGGAGUUGUGCCAGAAUCGGCAAAGAGAGAAAAUAAUCACAGCUCUCAGUCUGUUAAAGAAGUCCAUUCCCUCCAUGAGCGUGGCUCUCCAGGGUUACAUCAAGUACCCCAAAAAUCAACAAGCACAGAUGAGCAAGUCGUUUGUGAUCGGUCAGACUCAGUCCGCCGUCUCGGACAUCAUUGAGGGCGUGGAGAACAGAUUCACGGAUGAUGAUUAUCUGGAUGUGGAGGAACCAGGCUACUUUGUCACGAAAAUAGACCAGGUUUUAGAGUCCCUUUCUGUGGAGAAACGCUUUGAUCUAGAUGAAGAUAUGGAGACCUGGACUGAGAACUUGGUCAGACAUAGCAUGCUAGUAGCCCAUCUUUGUUUAGACCAUUACAGGACCAUCAUUGUUAAAACCUGCCAAAGGGUGUUGCAGUUGAAAAGCAGAGUUCUACAGCUGCACAAUUCAAUGACUGGUAACCCAGAACUCCCAGCGAUUAGGGAGGACUAUGAGGAAUGUUGUGAGAAUUACAUUGAUGAAUUUUGUGAACUGGAGAAAGAUGUGAACCUGGCAUUACUGAACCUGGUGGUAGAUAUUUUCAAAGAAACCACAGAACCAUUGGAGAGACUAGUGAAGACAGCCAUGUGCUCUACACAGGAAAAAGGAUAUGAGCAGCACAUGAAGGAAUUAGUUGCUGAAUUUCAAACACAUGCAGACAAGAUGGGACAGAUUGCUAGUUUUGCUGCUGCCAGCUCUACAGAUUCACAACGUGUUAGAACAAUUCGAAGAUGUGUUUGUCACCUUGAGAGGCUUGACCCAGAUAUUGUUCCUGCUGUGGUUGCCAUGGCAAAGAAUUCUCAAGACAAGAUGGCUGUACAACAUGUCAAGCUACUGAUGAAAGAGUGGACAUUUGAAUUGACAUCUCUUAUGCAGGUUUUAGAUGAAAUGACUGACCCUAGAAUAUUUAUGCAAGUUUCUGAGUCUAGAAUUAAGGAGGAUAUCUCUGUCUGCCGUGGCUUCCUGAAUGAGGGAGAUGACCUUGGUCUGGGGUCGGCUGUGAAGUCUCUGAUUGGCAGAGCCAGGAGAGUGUGUCAGAUGUCGGAGAGGAUCAUCAGCAGUCAUAAAGAUCCAUUGUACAGGAAUGGAUUACUGGUGUUUGUCAAACAACUUCAGAAAGCUGUGACUGGGUUAAGAGCUGCAUACAGUAAUUUUGCAACAGACACAGAAAACAAGGCCUUCUUGGAAACCUUUCAGAAGCGCAUUGAACAGGUUCUUGACCGUGUAAAACAGGUUACAGCCGGUUUGUCUGAGGACAGUCAUCCGGAUAUACUCAGUCCCCAGAGAAAAAAUCUCAGGCAGACAGCUAUGUCAAAUUUAAGUAUUUACAAAAAGCCUUCCAAAUCAAGUCUACAGUCAUCUAGAGCAAGUUUACAGGAACAGGCAACUGGAGCAAAGAAAGAAGAACAGCCAUCCGGAACAAGUCUACAUAACAGGUCAUCCAAAACUAGUCUACAUGAGAGGUCAUCCGGAAAUAGUCUAGGCUUGGGGUCCUUCCACUUGUCUUCCACUAACUACACGGAUGUCUUCCAAGAGAACUCGGUGGAGAAACCAUUCCAGAAAUCCACAUCUUCCGUUCAACAAUCUAGUCCAACUAAAUUUACCUCAGAUUAUAGACACAGCGACAUAUUGCAGGCUUCUCAAGUACAUGGUCUAAACUGUGUGGCCAAAAGAGUGUCAGAAAGUCUAAUGGCAGCUAUCCAGAAACUAGACAAGCAGAGAGUAAAUAUUUUGUGUGGAGAAUUGCUGGCCUGGACAAACCACAUUGUUGAUAUGUCCAAAUACAUAGUUCCAUACUGCAUAGGUACCAAACAGAAAAACAUUAAGAGCCUGUGUCAUGAAACGGACAGCCUGACCUCUGAAAUCAUUGAUCGGACAAAGCUGGCUAUUGCAGGAGACAAUGAAGAACUAAAGGAGUUGUCUGCUUAUUCUCUACAGUGGAAAUCAAAGGUGGAGAAACUGAGAGUCUGUGUGGAUGCCACCAUGGAUGCAUACAAGGUCGUUCCUGAUGCUCUGAUGGAGGCCCUCGAUAAGCAAAACAAGGUGCUGGUGAAAGAAGAGAUAGAGUGCCUAAAAACUCACCACAUGUGUGUCAGUGACAUUGUGUCAAUGACAGAGGGGCUGACGCUGACUGACCAGGCUCCAUUGACGCGCUGUCAGGAACUGUCCGAAGAACUAGAAAAUAUCACUGUCACAAUCACCACAAUAGCAGAAAUGAAUUCAAAAUCAAUGACAGAUGAAGACAUAAACCAGCUGGACCAGUUAGGAAGGGAAUGGGCUGUCAUGAUGUACUGUGUGCUUUCUGAUCUGGACAGCAUAGUGGAGGAAGGUACCAGGCUGGGACUUGAAAGAAGGGUGUGGUUAACACAGGAUAUGACAUCAUCAAAUCAGGAUGACAUCAUAGCAUAUGUAGAAUGUGAAAACAAAAGAUUGCAAGAUGUUCUUCAUGGUGCAUGUAUUGGAAAUGAGUCAAAAGCAAAAGAGGCUCAAGACCUUUAUCAGUCCAUGAGUGAACUUCUUGACAAUUUGAAGUCUGAGCAGACUCAACGAGUAACAAGUUCACAACGAGCCUUCAUGGUGUCUAAAUCGUAUGUCCCUCUCAGAGUCAGAAUGGCUGCCGUACGCUGGAUUGUUAAGAGUGUUUGUUGUGUAGACUUGAUACAGGAUCAGAUCUCUGUGUACUGUAAACCAGUCCUCUCCCUUACUGACCUAGGGGUCAAGGCUAGGACCAUGUCAGACGGAAAGCAGAGAAUGACUGACAUUUCUGAACUACACCUGGAGGUCAGCAGAUUCAGUGAUAAAUUGGUCAAGCUGAGAAAGAGAGUACAAAGCAACAUUCAGUUGUCAACCCAUCUGGAGAAACGGGCAGCUGUCCGAAGGUGUCUUGACCAGGUCACUGAGUCCUCCCCCAGACUAGUACAGUCCAUUAAGGCCAUGCUAGAUGAGAAGAGUACAAUCACAGCGGCAAUGGAGGAAAUAGACAGACAGAGGUUGGUGUGGGCCUCACAGAUCCGACAAUUGAUGGUCUACCUCAGACAGAUGACAGACAUCAAACCCACACUGGUGUCCGAACUUCACCAUAUGAUGGGUAUAGUGGAUGUGCCGGAGGCAAUGUCAGCUGGAAAAGGGACAGAGACUCUAGCAGGAAAUUACCGUCCAUCAGGAACUCUGAAUGAGGCCAGAACACAAAUUAAGCCAGCAAAAACUAAUUUCCAUUCAGUUCAUGAGGAACUUCUACAAGUUACAAAGGAAAGGGAUUUGGAAGCUAAUAUUGGAACUUUCAAUAGAGGUAGAAGAAAAGGCAAUGACUCUCCAUAUACAGCCUCUGCGUCAAUUCUGGAAGCUGCUAAAUAUCUUCAGAAAGAGGCUGAUAAAUGGGAAGAUGAAAAUAAUCCAGUUGUUCAGGUCGCUAAGGAGAUGUCAUUGCAGAUGCUACAGAUGGCGGAGUAUUGUAAGGGCGAUGGUCCGAUAGGUAAUCAUCAGGACGUUGUGAAGGUGGCUUUGGCUCUAGCUGAUAAUGGCAAGAAAAUGAAGCAAUUUGCAGAUGUACUGGCUACUCACUGUGUUGAUCAGAGGUGUGGUAAGGAUUUACAGUACUAUGCAGAUCAGAUUCCCUCCCUUAGCAAACAGCUGACCAUUCUAGCCAAUGUCCAGAUGGGCUCACAGGAUAACAGCAGGCUGACCUCUGAUCAGGGAGACAGAAUCUUGGUGCAGAAUGCUCAUAAUCUGAUGACAGCUGUGAUGCAUGCAAUGACUGCUGCAGAAUCGGUGUGUGUAAAGGGUUUAACAACACCUGAACAUGGCGGGAAUGACGAAGUAUGUGCCAUAAUUCUUGCAACUCAUUGGCAGCGACGUCUGCAACACUAUCGGAAAAUGGAGGCUAAAGAGGCCGUGAUUGACGACUUGGGAUUAAGGAGAAUAGAGGAAUAUUGUCCGCCAAAACUAACACAGAUAUUUGAGUAAGAGAAACGUAAGAUAGUACAAAUCGUGACAAAUGUUUAAAACAAAUGAUGUAACAGCCAUUGGAAAAAAAAUGUUAGAUUGAAAAUAGUAAAUGUAGAUUGAAAAUAGUAAAUGUAGAGUAAAUAAUGAACAGUUCAAAAUUUUACAACAUAGGAAUGCAUGGAUGAUAUGUUAAGAUGAAUAUUGAGCCACUUUUAUUUUUUAUAAUGAAAUUUGAUAACCAUACUUAUGUGAAAAAUACUUUUAACCACAUACAAUAUAAGGUUUUUCUAUGGUAUUGAUAUAUUACAUACUAGAGUUGUUCUGUGUACAUUGUUUUUUAUUUAUUUUAUCGUAACUCUUUGAUAGCAAUACUUAUGUUGUAAGACCUCAUAUAUAACAAAUACUAUACAUGUUUAUUAGUCUUUAGAGUGCAAUAAAACAUUUUUAUGAUACUUUUAAAUCUAUUUUACUUAUGUUUUUGUACUAAUAAAUUUUUAUAUUUCACUGCAUUUUAAGAACAUGUGAUUUAUAUAUCAGAAAUAAAAUGAAAGAAACUAUG